AAUAAAUUUAACAUUAAAAUUUAAAUCAUGUCUUAUAUGUCUUAUGUGUUCUGACAAGCGGUUAUUGGCUUUAAAGCUCUGACUUGACUUUGCCGUAUCCCAGGCACAUCUGUUUUUAUUUGAAAGUGAUAUGUACGAGUAUAUCGCUGCCAAGACAUUGCAAAUGGGUUCAGAACUCUAGUCUUGAUUGUGUAAGUACUUCUCUAAUCAAUAACCCAGCAAGCUCUAGAGCUCUUCAUAGUUUGUAAUUACAAAUUUACAUAUUUACAUACAAGCAUACAUAUAUUAUCACAGUGCUUGGCGUACGUAGAUAGCAUAAGACGAGCUCAUUUAAGACUUUAAUCACUUCAGAAAUCGGUUGAACGCUCGAUUGAAGGCAAACUCACUUUGUUGAGGUUCGACUAUUGACAUUGACGCAAGCUUCCAAGAAACGUGCAGUUCACACCUUUUUCAUAACACAUCAAGUAAAUAUUUUUGCUGCUCAAACUGAUUCUGUUUACGUGGAAAAAAGCUUAGCUAUAUAUACUAAUAUAUAGUAUGUAUGGCUAUGAAUACUAUAUUUACAUCCGCGUACAUACCUAUUUACAUAUAUUAUGUACUCAUCGCAAUCUGGUUAAAGUAUUUAAGUCUGUUCCGUAGUGAGUUUUACUUAUUAUUGCAUAAGACAAAAGCCAGUCUGAUUCAACUAUUUUUGUUGAAGUGAAGUUACCGGAUUGGUGUUGAACAUUACGAAGAUGAGAUUAGCCACAAUCUGCCUUAUAUGUAUAUCCGUUUUUGGUGUGAUUUAUGGCAUGCCAACGGAUAACGUAGUUGAAGAGCUGAAAGAAGUAGAGGAAAGCAGCCUUAAACCCGAUGUUGAUGACAUAAAAAUAAUUGAAGACUGUUACCAACCCAAAGAAGUCGGUAGAUGUUUUGCGCUCUUUCAUCGGUACGCCUAUAACGCCGAGAAUCACAAAUGUGAGGAAUUCAUUUAUGGGGGUUGUGCCGGCAAUAAAAACAAUUUCGAUUCUUUAGAAGAAUGUGAACAAAAGUGUAUAUCUCUUUCCACAGAGAAGCCCGAAUAAGUAAGAAAAGAACUUUGAGUCUUCACAUCUACGAAAAUGACAAGAGCUACAUUUGAAUUUAUUUAUGUUAAAUGUUUCAAUUUAAAUGAUUCACUUCGGAAUAAGUAUACUCAAUCUCUAAAUAUCUAAGGACUUUUAUAAAGAAAUCCAUCCCCAUGGAUAAGAAUAGUCAAGAAACAAUAGAA